AUGCGAGGAUAUACUGCAGCGCUUGUGAUCUACAAAUUCGGGCUGCCGAUUGUAAACGAUCAAGAUUGUGACGAGUUUGGGGCUACAUUUCAAGCAUCCGGUGUUGUGUGGCGUAUGUGGGCGAAUGAUCUCACACGGAGCCUGAAUCGAUCUACGUGGGAUACUGUGGUUCUACAGCCGCCACCGGAGUACAUUGCAAAGUUACUACGGCAUCGUCGACUGGAAGUACGCAAGAGCAUCAUCGAGGGAUUUCUGCGCGAUAUAGUGCCACCGUCGCGGCGUGACGUGAUCGACCCGUUGCUUAGUAUCGAGAGCGUUGAGGACACGGAGCACGCCUAG